CUCAAAGAAGAAAAUAUAUCAGAUGUUUUCCGCGAAAAGGGCGCCACAUAUCUCUAGAGUCGGCACUGUCAAGUGACAUGAACCUUGGUUGAGGAGCAGAGAGAGGGAGGGGGGACUCGGUAGAUAUCCGUCAGCUGACGAGGAUGCCUCGAAGAUGUCUCGUAGUUAGCAGUGAACGAAGACGACGACGACGACGACGAGGAGAAACGUAGGUGUCCGGAGGGUUGUUCGGGCCCUACGGGGGUGAGAGGCGAUCAAAGAUUCAAGGAUGUUCUGCGCGGAGGGCAGCUCGUCGUCGAAGGGCAGCUUCCUGCAGCAAAAGAAGGCCGCGCGCGAGGAUCGAGCUCACGAGAAGCGCAGGGAGGCCGCGGCUACCCUUAUCCAGGCCCAUAUUCGGGGUUGGUUGGCACGCGUCCGGUUCACCAAACGGAUAUUAGAAGAAUUUGAUAACAAUUUUCUCGAUGAUGCUGGUACUGACAGUACAACAGUGGAGUUAAUACCUGCUCUUGAGGUAUACAGAAUUAUUUCUAGAUUUUUGUUAAUUUAUAAGAAAGAAAGGGAUCAAGAGAGAAUAGAAAGAGUAUGUAGAUACCUCGUGUUGACGCUCGAUUCCGAAUCUCCAAAGAUAUCCUACGUCGGAGUAGCGUUCAACAAAGAUCACUACAUAUCAUGGAUAUCGCAAAUGAAGACAGUUCUAUACCACUGCCUAUCUGGCUUGGACAGUUUGAAGCCAGAAAGAGUAUCAGACCACAAAUCUAUAUUGUUGCGAUUGCAUACCUUGGUAAGCUUUACAUCACCAGGAACAUGGGCCAUACAAAAAGUAAAGGGCAUGGAACAGUUGAAAACUGGCAUGAGUCAGCUAUGUGCAAACAUAAUGGGACAUUUAGUUAAUAAUGGAUUUUAUGGCACUAUGCAGGCUCUGUUAAUGAAGGGACUGGGUAGAGCAAAAAUCGCUUUGAAACCAGUUACAUUUUCAGCAGCAGUCACUUUAACACUGAGACCAUUGAUCUCUUCACAGAUGUCUGACAAAUUGGUGUCUCUGUUUCUAAUUAACAUCUUUAGUGUGCCAGCUCUGGUGUAUCACUUGAAUAUUUUAUCACCAGAGUGCAUUUCAUCAUUCAUAACAUAUAAUCUAUUUGCAAGAAGUUUAGAGUUGCUAAAUUCCGAACAGAAUUUAAGGAUCGUCUUUAACGCUUUAGAAGGCAGUUAUGCACUUUGUUUACUUGCUAAUUUGAUACAACUGGCGAACAUUGAAAGAGAAGAAGUAUUGAGAGAACUCUGUUUUCCUUCUUUCACGUUUGUUGUGACAAGGAUGCUAGAAGCAUGUCAACAAUACGUAGUCGCGAAACGAAGUAAUUUGACUCAUUGGCAUCCCGUGUUAGGCUGGUUUGCACAGACGAUUGAUACCUCGUUGCAGGACGCAACCCCUUCAGUAAAAUUACAACUAGCCUGCCUCUGGAGUGGCAGGAUCGUUACACAUUUAAUUGAGCAGCCACUGACUGAAUUUGUCGAGAAAGAAGUACCACCUCCGGUAGAGCAGCAAAGUACCUCUUCCCUGGGCGCCAAUAUUUUUCGGCGUGCAUUCCUGGAAGCUCGCACCAACAGAAACAACAGCACUAAGAAUUAUAGAAAACUGGGCAGUCCGGAUGCCACUAAGAUAGCCUUGAUUUGUUCAUUAUACCAAACUGCAUUGCACACGCUCACGCAGAUGAAGAUUGAAAUAUUGACUGGACUCUGUUACCAAGGUAAAAUUCUUUACCACAUGUGGUUAUUUCUGACCACACUGGGACCUCACUGUGGGCUAAAGGCAUUUCUAGAUCUCUUGGCUGCCAAUACUAAAUGCACGGCACCUGAAUUCCAGAUGUUGAUAUUGUACGCCGACUGUAUGACGCAUUAUGUUACAAUUCUCGAUGACAUGGAGAUGUACGAGCAGCAAGAUCCCUUCAAGCUCACGGAUUUCAUUACCAUGUCGUAUUUCUUAAAUCAAUUCUUGUACAAAGCAGUUCUUACUAAUUUAUUCGAUGUGAAAUCGGUGUCUAGCAAUCCCCUGUUCAUCUCGCUUUACAUCCUCCUAAUGGCGAUCUAUCGACGCGAUUGUCGUAGAACGUUCUGUCCGGAAGGUCACUGGUUGGCAAAGGAAGUACGAGUGUCCGGGUUUUUGGCUGAUUUGGAGAAAGGUCGACGCGGCGCGGCACUUUUACUCUCAAAGAUGCCCCAUGUCAUUCCCCAUUCCGAGCGAGUUGUAUUAUUUCGCAAGCACAUAGCCGAUGAGAAAGCAGUGAUGGGUUUGACCGAGAGUGCUUGUAAUAGUCCACCGACUACGGUUAUUGUUGUACACAGAACACGUAUAGUAGAGGACGGAUACAGACAAUUGGCCAUGUUGCCAUCACAAGCGUUGAAAGGCGUAAUUAGAGUACGUUUCGUAAACGAGCAAGGUCUGGCCGAGGCUGGAAUCGAUCAGGAUGGAGUCUUCAAGGAGUUCCUGGAAGAGACAAUAAAGCGAGUGUUUGAUCCGUCCUUGAAUUUGUUCAGAGCUACCAGCGAAAACCGGCUCUAUCCGUCUCCCACAUCUUUCAUGCAGGACAAUCACUUGCAACUCUUUGAGUUUGUCGGACGGAUGCUUGGCAAAGCAGUUUACGAGGGCAUCGUCGUGGAUGUGCCUUUCGCGUCAUUCUUUGUCUCGCAAUUUUCCGGACAAACGGGCGGCGCCCUGUACAGCUGGCUUGACGAGCUCGCCUCGCUGGAUCGCGAUCUUUACCGCAGUCUGACCUUGGUGAAACAUUACAAGGGCGAUAUCCGGCAGCUGGAGUUGACGUUCUCGCUGGAUGAGGACGUGCUCGGCAAACUGGUCACGCACGAGUUGAUCCCUGGCGGACGCACUACCGCUGUAACCAAUCAGAAUAAGAUUCAGUACAUUCAUCACAUGGCGCACUAUAGAAUGUAUCAUCAGAUCAAGGAGCAAACGACCGCCUUCAUCAAAGGAUUCCGCUCGAUCAUUAAUCCCGAGUGGCUGUCAUUGUUUUCGACGCCCGAGUUACAGAGAUUGAUUUCGGGCGAUAAUGUCCCCUUGGAUUUGCGAGAUUUACGAAGGCAUACGCAAUACUAUGGCGGAUUUCACGACAGUCAUCGAGUAGUGUGUUGGCUAUGGGACAUCUUGGAAAAGGAUUUUACAGAAGAAGAAAGAGGCUUGUUUCUAAAGUUCGUGACGAGUUGCUCAAAGUCACCUUUGCUGGGUUUCGCUCAUUUAGAGCCACCUUUCUCCAUAAGAUGCGUAGAAGUCUGCGACGAUGAGGACACUGGCGACACAAUUGGCAGCGUGAUCAGAGGUUUCUUCACAAUUCGCAAAAAGGACCCGCAGAAUCGACUGCCGACCUCGUCCACAUGUUUCAACCUGCUCAAACUGCCAAAUUAUCAAAAGAAAAGCACUCUACGAGAGAAGCUGCGCUAUGCCGUUACCAGCAAUACUGGUUUCGAACUUUCCUAAGUCCUACCGGUUGUAACAACUUUAUCCUUGAGAUGUGGAAAAGUGAACGAAUUUAUCGAAAUAUCAUGCGUAUUUUUUAAACGAGUUGAAUUUUGAUUGAUGAUCGGACAUGCGUGAAUCAUUCCGCAAGGUUCGAAAAGUUGAUUGAUACGAUACCUCAAAAAAACCGAUUUUGUAUAAAGUGAUGUCGAGUGGUGCCUAAACUGCUCCCUUAUCCCUAUUUGAUGCAUAAUUUACAGACUGAUUAAAUGCGUCGUCGAUUUAAAUACUGAUUUUCAGACGAUGUUAAGUUUAAGAAAGGUCACUCAAAAGCAUCGUGAUCCAAAGACGAUAUUGUUGUUCGGAAGUCGAUAUGGCUGGGAUAUCGUAAACAUGAGAAAAUGUACAAUAUAAGAAUACAUAAUAAUGAGAGAUAAUUGUUAGGCGCAUACGUAUAUAUUUAAAUGAAUCCUUGAUGAGAGCUAAGUAUUUUAGGGUGAAAUCUACAUUCACAAUGUUCGUUCUCGCGGUACAUAUAUGUAGGCAUAAAUUACCAAUGCGAAAUACGUUGUACCUCAUGAGCUUAAUUAUCGCUGAGAUAAUCGUACGCUUGUUAAUGGAUAGAAUCGUUGAUCAUCAUUACAUUAAGAUCAGGAGUGAUGAACAUUUAAAUUUAUUUUUAUAAAUUUGCACACGUUAAAAGAAUAACAUUUAUCAUGAAUUAUUCCAUUGAUUAAGAGGCAUCUAACUGAGCAAAAUUGAAUCAGUAAGUCGAGAAAGAACUUAUCUAUAUCAAUUGUGACCUCA